GACUAAUUAUAUCCAAAACUUAUAAAAAAAUAUUUCGGGUUUUACUUUUGAUUACUUUCAUUUAUAAUGAGAUUCUUACUGAAACUAAAUUAAUGUUGAAUAAAAUAAAAGACUUGUAUUUAAAUGACAAAUGUGAAUGUGUUUCCUUUUUUUGUGUUAACUGUUAAGCGGUCAAUAUGGCCGAUUUGUAAAAGUAACAGACAUCGUGGAUUUGUAUAUUUCUUCAAAAUACACCUGACCAGAACUUUAUAAUGGCAAAGAAAAAAGGAGCGAAAAAGAAUGCCAAGAAAGUGACAUCAGCUAAAACACUUUCCAUAACAGAUUCAAUUAAUUCUGAGGUCAUAGCCGCAGCUCUUAGUUCUGUAAAUCAACCUGUUUUAUUAAAGGUUUGCAGACUUUGCGAGACGAAAGAUGGGCCUUUUCUUAACAUUUUUGACGCUGAUAAGGUAACGGCUAAGAAAAUUGAAAUUGUGAUGCCUUUCGGGAUUGCAGAAAAUGAUGACUUACCGCAUAAAAUUUGCUUUCGGUGCUCAGCGAAGGUGGAGGAGUUAUAUGAAUUUAUACAAAAAUGUAUUAAUACGCAAAAAAGUUUGCGGAAAGCCGUUGGAGCAAAAGGACCUAUUUUCAACAAACCAAGGCAUCGGGAGCUCUGGGAAGAGAAACUUAAUCAGUCAAAUAUAUCCAAUGAUGAUAUCUGUGAUGCAUUAAUUAAAAAAGCGAUGGAAGGUAUUAAAGAUAUACCUCUUAAUCCGCCGCCUCUAAGUGAAGAUGAUACUCGAGUUAUAAAUAAGUUGAUUAAAAAAACUCCUUUAAUUGAGGAGGAGGAGGAGGAAGAUAGUACUUUAAAUAUUUUAAAAGAAGCAAAAGAAACAGAUGCUCCAACAAAAAUGGGUAAUUUAGCAAUUAAGAAUCCACAUCAAGAACCAGUCACAAAAUCUUUGAGAUCAAAUGUUGAAAAAACAAUAGAUGAUAUUGAAAAGAAAGCUACAAGACUUGAUGAAAAACGUGCAACAAUUGUGGAUAAGACAGUUAAAAAUAGUAAUACAUCUCUUGAGUCUUCAUCUAACAAUAAGAGUGGUAGUGAAAACAAAAUUUUGCAAACAAAUACAUUUAGUUUAGAUGAUUCAUCAAAAACUCAAUCCGAGUCCACUUUUAAUAUUAUGGAUCAUGUUAGUAUGAUUAAAGUAAACGGCGUGGGUGUAUUAUUUCAGUGUAAAAUAUGUAAUAGGAAUUUCUUGAAAAAGGAAGUUGUUAUGUCUCAUGCAUGUGCGAAAAACGGUCUUGUUAAAAUAGCUGGUCCUAAAAGCUUUACUCCACCUGAACCACCAAAAAUUCCUUCAGUUAAAUAUAUAAAUACAAAAGAAGUUAAGAAACCUGUUGUAUCAAACAAUGAAAAUUGUCAGUUUAUCAAUUUAGAUGACGAAGACGAAGAUGAUAAACCUUUAGUAAUAAAAAAGCCUAAACCCAGAAUAGGUCCCGCUAGUAGAGUGAAACGUAGAAACACUAGCACCUCAGAAGAUAGUUCACUACCUGUAUCUGAUAACCAAACACAGAUUCAUGUUAAACCAAAGUUGAGUUCAACAGUACAAGAGCCAACAGUUCAGUUUCCCACUCUACCCAGUCUUAAUACCCGAUAUAAACUACUACCGGGUCCAAACAACACUUUUACACUAGUCGAAGAGAAAGUUGUAGAAAACGAUGCUUCACCUCAAGAGAAGUCAGCCACUACUCCAAAUAGUGGCGAAACUCUCGUGUCAGGUAAUGAUAAAGUAAAUACUCGUCAAAAUAUUAGUUCAAAAAGAGGUAAAACGGCAAGCAAAUCUUCAGUAACAGAAAAUGCUGCAAAGGCAGAUAAUGCUUCGAAAUCAGAUAAUACUUCAACGUCAAACCAGCCAUAUCCAGUGGGUUUGUUUAAAACAUUACCAACUAACACUUGUUCUGAUGUUCCAAUAGAGACUGAGCCUACUUUUACCACACCAGCAAUGAAAAAACAGUCAUAUACUGUUGUACAAACUGGAAACCCAAGUAAACUACUUAUAUCGUCAAAACCACAAACAGCAGUCCAGGAAGUUCCUAAAAAGAGACAAAGAAAAACGAAACAUGAAGUAAAAGCAGAUUUAGUAAAUAAGCAGCCGUUUUCAGUAACUUUAGAAGACGCUGCGCCACCGAGAGACACCGGGUUUUUUACUUUCAUCAAUGUUGAUCCAUUGUUGCAGCCGUCCUAUGUGUUGCCGACUAAUAAUAUAAUUCAAGAAUCGCAAAUCUCAACUUCUACAAGUGUUUCGAAACAGAGCGAAAAGGAAAAAGAGACGAGUAAAUAUACGUGUAAUAUGUGCGAUGAAUCUUUUACUAGAGAAAAGAAAUUACUGGCACACAUACAAUCUCAUUAUAGUAAGAUGGAUGAAGAAGAUCAAUUGAGAUCUGAAAGAAAUACAAGAAAACGGAAGAAAUAAAGUGUAUUUGUAAAUUAGAGUAGUUUCUUAUAAGGAUAAUUCAUUUUUAUCUUAAGCUUGUAUUGACGUAACUCAGUUUGAGCAACACUAGUACAAGUUCGUAUAAUUUGGAAACUAUGAGAUGAGAUCUAUCAUUCCAAUGGACAUUAAUUCAGAUAUUUUUAAAAGAAGUGUUAUUGCCCAAUAAUGACAUUUCCAUGAUGAUCCUACCUCUCUUAUAUCAUAUACAUCAAAAAUAAGGUUGUACCACAAGUUUAAAAUUACAUAGGUAUGUAAAAGUUAGUGAUCUAAAUGCGUCAUCUAAAAGAAUGGAGACUAACGCAUAUCGUGAGUGCUGUCGGUAUUUGGUGAAUAUUCCUUAAAGGUGAUUCAGUGGCAAGGCACAAUUUCCCCUUUGCUUUAUAUUCUACUUCGAGGUUAUACAAGAUAACCUUUAAAAUUAUUACAGUUACAGUUCAUCUCUAUAUGAGGUCAACGAAAAAUGCAAAAAAUUUUUACAUUUCAGAUCAUCCGAUCCAUACAGCAAUGUUGUAGCCCUAUAUAAGGACAGUUACGGCUGUUACUUUCUUACUUUUGUAGAAUUCAGGAUUUAGCGUAUAUUCUAAAUUGUCUAUGAUAAAUAUGUCGAUGAAUAAAUCCUUAACUCAUUUAAAACUUUUUUUUUUAACGAGUGUGAGUCUUUUAAUGUGACGAAUGUAUAAUGCCGAAGAUGAGAAUUUCAUAUUAUUUUUAUAUAAAUUCAAAAGAAGAGAAUUCUGUUUUGGUUAUUUUUGUGAUUUUUUGACUAUGUGAUAUUAUUGUCGAGAAUUAUAGCAUGUUCAUUGUUCAGAGUAAUUUUUUUAACCUUAUAUAAGUUGAUUUUCAUGAAUAUAAAUUUUUGACGCAAACAAAUGAUGCCCAGAUAUAUCAUACAUGCAAUUCAUUUUGUCAUUGUAAUUUAAUUAAUGUUAUGUCGACAUUUUAGUUUAUGGAGAUGUUCUGUUAUGUUGAUUUAAAAGCUUUAAUUAAUAUUUUCUAUAUAUUUUCACAUAUGAAUGUAUAUGUAGGGAGUAUUGCUUAAAUUUUAAUAGGUAUUCGAAUUAAGAAUAGAUUUUUUUUUUUAAAUAUAUGUAUUGAAUAUAUUAUUUUAUGUUAUAAAGUAAAUUUGUAAGUAUAAUUUAAGUGUUCGUUUCUCCACGUUUUUUAGUUG